UACAAAAGCAAGACUUUCACAAGAACAUACCUGCACGCGGUCCAUCAUAUCAAAAUACAUUUAAAAGAAGUGCCACUAGCUGCUCUCCACAUUCUGUACUACUUCACUCUACGCUAUGGAUAGCCCUACCCUCUCGCUGAAUGAUCUUCCGGUGGAAGUUCUUGAACAUAUUUUUUCCUAUUUACCGCUAUCCGACCGAAAGGCAGUGUCGCUCGUGUGCCAGGUAUGGAACGAGAUAGUUUUCAGCCGUCGAUUCAUGAAAAGUGUCGCACUCAAUGUCAUCAUGGACUGGGAACAGUCCCAGGUCCACUAUCUUCGGGCAAGCACUCGACGUUAUCGACGAGUAUUUGUAUUCUUGGGGCCGGAAACGUGCUGCGAGUUCGACUUCACCGUGAUCAUCGAGAUUUUGGACCUGUUCGGCAACGACCUGGAAAGUUUUCACUGCAUGAGCGGAUUCACCGAGGAACAGCUAUGGAAGGUGAUGAUUCGCGCUCCGAAUCUGCAGCAGUUGAUCGUCGGGGUGGAUGCCGAGAGUUUAAAGCACGAGCGAAGCUUUCCCGUGCUGGGACGUUUGCAGGAUUUGGGCUCGCUGGUCAACGUACUUCAGAUCCGCGGCCUGGAUAUGCCCAAGUUAACACAACUCAGUGCAAAUUUCACCACUGCUUCGGACGCGUUGGGAUCGAUCGACCUUCUGCGACGGCUGACUCCACAGCUCAGGAACUUGGAACUAUUUUCGAUGGAGUACUACUUCUCCAUUGAUGAGCUGCGUUGUCCCAAGGUUGAAGUCCUGAAGCUGGCCGGGCAAAUUUGCGCAGGAAAUGAUCGCGCAGUGCGGUCUUUCUUCGGUGGUUUCCAGUGCCUGAGGGAUGUCAGGCUAGAAUUCAACGUUACCGAUCGGAUACUAGAUGCCAUAACGCAAACCUGCCCGAGGAUUGAGAAUUUACAUUUCAAGAGUGAUCUUCUGAGUUCGGAUACUUUUCAAUUACUGGAACGUCUGAAAAGUUUGAAGACGUUGAGCAUCAUGGGAAGCAUAGAUUUUCGCAUCGCACUGGAAUGCAAACCGCUGAACCUGCGCAACCUGUAUCGACUGGAGGAGCUAACUCUGAAGUCGAUUCAUGUGCCGGUGGCGUUCAUGCAUCGGAACAAGUGUCUGAAGCGGUUGAAGAUCAAGUACUUCCACUGGUUGACCGAUGGGGAUCUGAUAAUGCUGGCAGAUUUGUAUCCCAAUUUGAAAUACCUGGAGCUAUCGUGGUGCAGAAAAGUGAGUACCAGAGGUGUGGAGGAGUUCCGCGCGCGAUUGCCGGAUUGCGUGGUCCACUGCAUUCAAUCGAGACUGUAAAGAGCGUAGCGUAUAGAUUGGUUUAUAUUUUUGAUUCUUUUUUAUUGUAUUUCUCUGCAGUAGUUGUACUAAUUUUAUAAUUGCUAGAAUUUUACAUUGAUUU